UGGGUGUCACCUACAUGUUGCAAGUCGCGUCCGCCGAAGUCUUGCGUGUACCUUUAAGUAGGCGGUUCUGAAGCGAUUACUUGAGGAAGUGUUUGUAAAGUCGAAGUGAGCAGUAAUCAGCGCAUUAUAACGAACUGGAAAGGACCAGGCAAACUUUGACAGUCUACAGGUAACAAUGUCGGAAGAACAGAUCUGCCUUAAGUUUGUUGAUGUGACAGAAGACAAUGAGUUAAUCUUUGAAGAAACACCUUGUGGUGAUGACGAAGAUUAUGAACUGCAACCAGAUGACUUCAAUAGGUGUGACUCGGGUCCAGUUUGCAAAAUAAUUAGAAAUGGAAGAGAACAAAUUCUGAUGCUUGAUAAUGCAGAUCUAAUUUUCCAGGACAGGACUGUUAUGGAAUCUAAAUCGGAAACAAACAAAUUCAAGAUUCAGAAGUACCGAUCCACGGAUAGCUCUCCCACAAAACACAAAGGCAUACCAGUGACAGUUCAGGUGACCAAAGACUGCAUCACAUACACCAUUGCCUGUGUUGAAGAUGGUAACAAUAAAAAAGUCUCGUUGAAGGAGAGCAUCCCCACCAGCAUCAAGAGUGAUUCCUAUGAUGUUAUCUUCCAUCUAAAAUCAGUUUCUCACUUGGUCGGCACUUACCAGUUUGAAUCUGCAAAGUGGGAUCGGUGGUUCUUAGCUUGUGAGAAGCAAACCAACCCUGAACUCUACAAGCUGACAGUAAAACAAAUAGGGACAGAUGAGGUAGACUCAAACAAAGAAUACAGCCACUUGACAAUAGAAGAUGAAACAGGCAACACUUCCUAGAUUGCUACUGUCAAAUGCUUGAGCAAAAUUCACAUUGUUUCAGCUUUCUAGUACAUCGUUUACCUACUUUUCCUUUACAUGCAGGAUUAUUUCCAGUAGGCUGAGGAUAAUCGCCUGUCCCUCCUCAUCUACCUGGACCCAGACUGACAUUCAGUAGACGUGAAAAUGGUUUAAGAAAUGACACUUUUGU